UUUGUUAAAAAAAAUGUAGAUUAAAAAGGAAAAUAAAUAAUGGAAGAAGUGUUUUAUGAUUAAUGGACUGUCGACAUGAUACCAAGGUGAUAAUGUUAUGUGUUUUGUGAUUAUGAUAUCCAGCCACAGUCUCCCUCCACAGUCCUGCCGCCUCGUAUGUGAAUGCAGCGUGGAUUCUUAAGGAGCAGCAGCAGCAGCGGCAGCAGCGGCAGCAGCGGAGAUCAGCAUCCCCUCGCCGUAGACCAGCAGUGGUUCCAUCCACCUGAAGAUUUCUGAGACAGUUCUCAUUACCAGCGGUGGCAGCGCAGCACUUGGAAAGGGUGAAUCAAUGUGAGAGAGAGGGAGAGAGAGGGAGAGAGAGCGAGAGAGAGAAGACAGCCUCGGCGGCGGCAGCGGCUCUGCAGUGGAAUACGCUUCAGUUUGAGGGAAGGUGAGAGCGUUUUCUCUCUCUCUGGAGUUACUCACCAGGCGUUUGAGACAAACAUUCAGGACUUAAUCGCAUCAUCAUCAAAUAAAAGUAACUCCCGGGUCCUUCUCACUUCACAAAAAAACGUCAACGUCAACGUCAAAUUCCCAGACGACACGUCGGGGGGGGGAAAAAGGGAAUAACAUCUGUUCAUCUGCAUAUUUCUGUACGGGGAUAAAAGUAGCGGAAAAAGCACAUAGAUUUGACGGAGGACAAAACAAUUCUCACAGGAUGUGGAACUAGAGGGUACAAAUUGCACCUGGAGAAUAAAGGGAAAGUAAACAUUUUCUCGCAAAUCCACCAGUGUGGAGUCACCUCACCUGUACCUCCAGAUUAAAGAGCAGGGUCAUGUCCCAGUUGCCAUGCGCAUUGCCACGCUGACCUGCCUUUCCGGCCCUUCCCCCUUCCUCUUUUUACUGGCCCAGCUGCUAUUGCGGCUCCUCCUCCCUGGGCCGGAGUUGGUGGGAGCCGCCUCGCCCUGCCCCUCUUUCUGCACCUGCUCCAACCAGGCCAGCCGAGUCAUCUGCACCAGGCAAAACCUGGAGGAAGUGCCCGAGAGCAUAUCAGUCAACACACGUUACCUCAACCUGCAGGAAAAUUCAAUACAGGUUAUCAAGUCUGACACUUUCAAGCACUUGAGGCAUCUGGAGAUCCUUCAACUCUCCAAGAAUCAGAUCCGUCAGAUUGAAAUUGGAGCAUUCAAUGGCCUCCCCAACCUCAACACACUGGAGCUGUUUGACAACCGCCUCACACUGGUGCCAUCACAUGCCUUUGAGUACCUCAGCAAACUGCGGGAACUGUGGCUGCGCAACAACCCCAUUGAGACUCUGCCAGGCUAUGCCUUCCAUCGUGUGCCCUCGCUACGUCGCCUAGACCUGGGUGAGCUCAAGAAGUUGAACUUCAUCUCUGACGCAGCCUUCGUGGGCCUCAUCAAUCUACGGUACCUGAACCUGGGCAUGUGUGGACUGAAGGACAUUCCUAAACUGACAGCCCUUGUGCGUUUGGAGGAGUUGGAGCUGUCAGGAAACCGGCUGGAGAUCAUCCGACCUGGUUCCUUUCAGGGCUUAGUGUCUCUCCGUAAGCUGUGGCUCAUGCACUCACAAGUGUCUGUCAUUGAGCGCAAUGCCUUUGAUGACCUGAAAAACCUGGAAGAGCUCAACCUCUCCCAUAACUCCCUCCACUCCUUGCCCCAUGAUCUCUUCACACCCCUUCACCAGCUGGAGAGGGUACACCUUAAUCACAACCCCUGGGUCUGCAACUGUGAUGUACUUUGGCUUAGUUGGUGGCUGAAAGAGACGGUGCCUAGCAACACCACCUGCUGUGCCCGCUGUCAUGCUCCUCCAUUCUUAAAGGGCAAGUACAUUGGAGAACUUGACCAAAGGCACUUCAUCUGCUUUGCUCCCGUAAUUGUGGAGCCACCUACAGACCUCAAUGUCACUGAAGGUAUGGCUGCUGAGCUGAAGUGUCGCACAAGCACCUCCAUGACGUCUGUCAACUGGAUCACUCCCAAUGGCACGCUGAUGACCCACGGCUCUUACCGGGUGCGGAUAUCGGUUCUUCAUGACGGCACACUCAACUUUACAAAUGUCACCCUUCGAGAUACAGGCCAGUACACCUGCAUGGUCACCAAUGCUGCUGGCAAUACCACAGCAACUGCUGUCCUCAAUGUCACUGCUGCUGAUGCCAGUGUCAAUUACACAUACUUCACAACAGUCACUGUGGAGACAGUGGAGACCACCGGGGAUGAAGAUUCUGCACUGGUCGCCACCAACGAGACCUUCAUCCGUGUUCACCCUGGUCCAACUCACUCAGGCCACUUGUGGUUGGAGGGAGUUUCUACUACUGCAUCUUCUUUGUCAGCUGGCUCUUCUGCCUCUCCCCGGGCCACCAGACCCACCUUCACUGUGCCCAUAACUGAGCCAGGCUUCUCAGGUCUAGAUGAUGUGAUGAAGACCACCAAGAUCAUCAUUGGCUGCUUCGUAGCCAUUACUUUCAUGGCAGCGGUGAUGCUGGUGGUGUUCUAUAAGCUGAGGAAACAGCACCAGCUGCAUAAACACCACGGCCCUGCUCGUGCCAUCGAGAUCAUCAAUGUGGAGGAUGAGCUCGGGGCCGGGGCCAGUAGUCGAGGCAGCGGCAUCUCUGGAGGCUCCACUGUGGCACAGAGUGGGAGUAGUGGAAUAGGAGGGGGCCAGAGCCUCCGGCUGCACCACCCAGAGAUGGUCAACCUCCCGAACCUGGCCCGAUCAGAGCACCUUAACCACUAUUACAAAACCCAUCACUUCAAUAACAACAUGAUGGGACUGGGAAUGGGUACAGGUUCUGGUGUGGGCCUCAUCAACAACAACAACAACCCCUCGCCUUGCUCUCAGAACACAUCCUUAUCCUGUUCCAAACCCUCCACUGGUGGGGGAACAAAUGCAGUUGGCACCUUGCCCUCACCUGUGCCCUUGCCCCAGUUGGGUCUCCACAGUUCUCUGAAAGGCCUAAUGGGGAAAGGCCAAAAUGAGCCACUGCUCUUUAAGAGCUGCUCUAAAGAAAAUGUGCAAGAGACUCAAAUCUGAGUAAAAGUGAGAGUGGAAUUUAAGAGGUAAGGAGAAAGGGAUGCUGGAUAGAAACCAUGACCGAGAAAGCACUUGUUAUGAGUAUAUGAGACUGAUUGUAGCCUACUGUCCUUAUGGACAGGUUCCAGCAAAGAUGAAAUUUCACAUAGUCACUGCUUUGUGUGAAGCAGAUGGGAAGACUGAAGGAGAGAGAGGACAAUAUCUGACCACCUGUAAUCACACACCCAAUGUAAACACCAGAAUCACCCAGUUAUCUCUGCAACCAGCUAUAGUAUUUGCCACAGUCCAAGAGCAAGGGAAGAUCUCUCCGUUUGCGUCCAAAAUCAGAGUGGAAUGAAUGACACACAUGUGCAGUAACUCGCUUUAGGUUUUCUACAGAUCACUUCUUAUAUAUCCAGACACAUUCAGUGUAUAUAUUUGGAAGGAGGUGAAAUGUUGGCUUUUGACUGUGUUGUCAGAUUAGUGUUUGGCAGAGACACCGAACAACAAUGGUUUGGGUGGAUGGUAUCGUCCUAGGUUUCCAAGAAGCAGGAAAACAGAACAGAGAAAACAAAAUCAGAGCAGUCUUCUAUCCAGGACACACGUAUCGCACUAAUAGUUUGCAGGGAGACAAAACAACAACAGUUGUUUUUUUUCAAAAGAGGUUUCACUCUCACUUUUUUUUCAUACCUUACUGGCUACGAUCAUGUUGUUUGAAGAAGGAAAGAAACCAAAUGAGUUACCAUGGGAGAAGAGGAAACAUCUCAUGGCAUAAAGGACAAUGAAAGAUAAAUAAGAAUUUAAAGGGACUGAAAGUACAUAUUAUAUAUACCGUAAAUAUAUUUUCAUUCAAAGAAAUUAAUUAUAAAGAAUCCUUCUCAAGCGCUGCUUGGAAACUACGUCUGAAGAAUAUAUAAAACAACACAUAAAUACACAGCUGUUGUAGUGGCCCUUCCUUACAACUUCUCUCCACUUGGAACAAGAUGGCCGCUCUUGACUGUGCUGCUCAAGGACACAUGGGAGAGAGGCAUCCGUUGAAACGGAGAUAAAACAACAGCCUGGCAACGUGAAUUUGAGUACAUUUAUUUUGGUCUGGACUUUUUUGUAGCCACACAAAGUGUUUUUUCCUUCCUGACGCAUUCGCAUUAACAGGGUCAUUGAAGAAAGUGGAUCUUUAUGCUCUACAGUGAAAAUAUGAAAUACGACAGCAACGCCUCAUCAUUUGGUAUGCAGCUCAGCUACAGUGAUAAUAAUAAUGAUCGAAAUGGUAAUAAUGAUAACAAGCCAUGUAAUUAUUAACACAUUAAUGAUCAACAGUAGGUUAUGUUACUAAAAAGUUGCACAUGCUGAUUUAGCAGAGCAGUGUUGUCUAAAAAAAAACCCUCAACCCAUUUCUGGAUUUGAUCGACAAUAUUGUUAUUACGUUAUCAUUAUUAUCAUUCAAAUGAUCAUUAUUGUUACUACCUGUGCCUAAAAAAAGCUGAGAAGUCCUUUUUUUUUUUUCAUUUGUAUAUGACACUGAAGGUGUUUUAUGACUGAUCCUGAUGGACCUCAGCUGAUGAACAGCAGUGGGACAUCAUUGUGCCACUAAGUGAACACUUUCAUCAGCAGGGAAUAACCUGGCCCUCAAAAUGGCUUCCUCCAGCUGUGACGUGUCAAGCAGUCAGGACCCCUCAUGUAAUCACACAUUAAAGACAGGACAUGAACCUUUGAAGACUGCUCCUUUGCAGAGGAUCAUUUUCUCAGCUGUAUCUCAGUGUUAACAUGUGUGAGUGGAUUUCAUGGCAGCGCGGAGCUAAAUGGACAACAGGCAUUGCCAAGCAUUUUUAAAGGUAAGCGAAGUUUGUUGGGGUGAAGGAGGAAGUGACACACAGUACAGUAUACAGUCGUGACGGAAUCUUUUUCUAAAGAAAAUUGACAAUUAAAUGAAAAAAAUAUAGAACCUUAUAGAUCUCUUUUAAAAAAACAAA